AGAGAAGCUGGAGGGAGGAGAGACACUGAAUGAAUGAAUCUCUGGGAGCGUGAUCACAAAUCUCCUUUCACCAAGACAGAAGACACCAAGUUGGGAGCUUGAAGGGGUCAGAGUGUUACGGAAAAAUCAGAGACCAACAGUCGAAGUCAGCAGAAGAGAUAACAGUGUAUCUGAGAUGGAGAUCGCUCUGCUCUUGCUUGGCCUGGAACUGGUUCUUGUAGAACCUUCAGAACACAUAAUGGAGAUAAUUACAGAAGAAUUUUCACCAGAAGCAGCACGGCACGCCAUGGUGAAAAGCGGCCACGCAAAGCAGACUGUCGAAAAAUUCAUGAAUUCGACCCUGUCAGAUAAAAAUAUCGGCCUCAGCAUAUCUGAAGAUGGUUUGCCUUCCUCACUCCUGACAUUCAGAGGUUCAUGUUCUAGCAUCCCCAAGAGAGACAGUCUGGAUAAUGACGAAAAGUGCUACAACGACAUGAUGGCCUGGAGAGUCUUAGAAGUGAAUGAGUCAUGCAGGUUGGGCAAUAACCUAAUACAUGACUCCAUGGAGGUGAUGCAUGGAAUUGACAAGAGCUCUAGCUGGAAGCGUGGACGGAAACCUGGGAUAAGCUGCUGUGAGACCCCAGAGCUGGAAAGUCCUGUGUGCCAGGUCGUGGCAGGCAAACAAUUUCCUAGGUGCCAGUACCACAGCAUUACCUCAUUAAAGAGAGUAUUGACAGUGCUGAUGAACCAUUCUCUGAUGAGCUGGUUAGUUAGUGGCUCUGAACUGUAA